AUGGCUUUGAAGGUUUCUACCGGGGUCUGUAAGCCGUCAGAGCUCGCUCACCUCGUACUUCGCAGCAAGAACCCCGAAAGGAUUGUCGAGUUUUAUCAAAAGUUUCUUAAUGCCAAGAUUACAGCCUCCAGCAACCUCAUCACGUUCCUCACUUGGGACCAUGAACAUCACCGACUAGCCAUCUUAAAUGACCCCAGCGCUGUACCAAGACAAGAUAACACCGUCGGCAUGGACCAUUUCGCCCUGACGUUCGACUCCCUCGGGGAUCUGCUGCAGUCCUACAAGGCGCGGAAGGAGAUGGGAAUCGAGCCGGUCUACUGCGUCAACCACGGCAUGUCGACGAGCAUGUACUACAAAGACCCGGAUGGCGGAAAGAUUGAGACGCAAGUUGACACGUUUGAGACCAAGGAGGACGCCGUCGCGUACAUGAUGAGUGCGGAAUUCGGUUCGGAUCCCCGCGGGCCUCGAUUCGAUCCGGAGGAGCUGCUGAAGAGGUUUGAGGCUGGUGAGGACGAGAAGAGCCUGAUGAAGCGAGAUGCUUUUGCCUAG